AUGAGCAGCAAGGUCACCGCAGUCACCCCUCUCCCUUCCCCAGCCCCCCCUGCUGCCCCCCUCAGCCCCCCUUCUCCCCUGGGGGAGGAACAGGAGGUGGUCACCACCUUUUGCACCCUACUCCCCAAGAUGCCCCAGUGGAAAUUCUCCAGCCCGUCCGGCUUUCUCAGCCGCAGCCCGUCCAGUGCCAGCAAAGACCUCUCGGCAUCGGUCAAAAGCGGCAGCCUGGCAGAGGCCGAGGGUAUCACGGUGCCCUCGUCGGCCUCGGGGUCAGGCCUGGCUGCUGUCCUCAGUGCCUGCGAACCGGUCUGUGCCACACCCUGCAGCAGACUGAAAGGAGGGGCGGCCGGGGGCAGGAAGACGCCACGGGCCCCGGGGCCCCGAGCCCCUGGGGAGGAGUGGAGCCGGAAAGGAAGUUUCAUCAGCAAACCGGUCCAAGGUUGGCUGCAUCCCGAUGACAGAGUUUUAGGCCCCGGCGUCUCCUACAUCGUCCGGUAUAUGGGUUGUAUUGAGAUCCUGCGAUCAAUGCGAUCUUUGGAUUUUAACACCCGGACACAAGUCACCAAGGAAGCCAUCAACCGACUGUACGAGACAGUCCCAGGAGUCAGAGGCAACUGGAAGAAAAAGGCGCCAAACAAAAGUCUCUUUUCAAUCCUUGGCAAGAGCAACCUCCGAUUUGCCGGCAUUAGCAUAGCUGUCAAUAUUUCCAUCGAUGGAUUGAACCUGAUGAUCCCUACCACCCGACAGAUCAUCGCGAAUCACCACAUGCAAUCCAUCUCCUUCGCCUCGGGGGGUGACACGGAUACAACCGAUUACGUCGCUUAUGUUGCCAAGGAUCCCAUCAACCAGCGAGCCUGCCACAUCUUGGAAUGCUGCGACGGACUGGCGCAGAGCAUCAUCAACACCAUCGGGCAGGCCUUUGAGCUCCGCUUUAAGCAGUACCUGCACAGCCCUCCCCAAACUGUAGCACCCCAGGAGAGGACAAUGGGAGUGGACGAUUGUUGGGGUGAAGAGGAAGACUCCUCAGGACACAAUUACUACAACAGCAUCCCCGGGAAGCAGCCCCCGCUUGGCGGCCUGGUGGACUCUCGCCUCCAUUAUGGAUCGGCGUCCAGCCACACGCUCUCGCUGGGUUCCUACGCCACCCACUUCAGCCAGGUGACCCCCAAACUCCUUGGCAGGUUCAGCUGGUGUAUCCCAGCCUGUUUAGCUCAACUUAAAGGGCAUCAUCAUUUGUUUCUUAACCACGGUCUCUUCCCGCCCCCUGCCCCCACCAAACUUUCCUGUGGUGAAAGAAGAACCGAUGCCAGAACGUGGCGGAUGACCCGUCACUGUUGCGACGGCUACGUUCAGGCAGACAGCAAACCUUUGGGCUCUCAAGAUUACGAACAGCACAUGUAUGUCAACACUGAAAACUUCAACAGCUGGGAGACCAAUGCUGGGAAACCGGACGAGAGUCCUCCCAAAGACCUUUUCGAUAUGCGGCCUUUUGAGGACGCUCUAAAGCACCACGAAUCCAUGUCAGCUUGCGGGGUGCAGAGUGGGCUCCAUCUUGAGGACCAGUGGCCCAGCCCGCCCAGCCGCAAGGCUCCCAUCGCCCCCACCGAAGACCAGUUGAAGCAGGAACUGUGGUACCAUGGCAAGAUGAGCCGACGGGAUGCAGAGAAAUUGCUGCACACAGACGGCGACUUCUUAGUCCGGGAUAGCAUCACUAACCCUGGGCAGUACGUUCUGACAGGGAUGCACAAUGGGCAGCCUAAACAUUUGCUCCUGGUCGAUCCUGAAGGAGUGGUGAGAACGAAGGACGCCUUGUUUGAAAGCAUCAGCCACCUCAUCAACUAUCACCUGCAAAACGGGCAGCCGAUCGUGGCGGCGGAGAGCGAACUCCACCUGCGGCAGGUGGUCCGGUGGAAGCCAUGAGGCUUGUGGGUAGG